AUGGAACAUGUAGAGGAAGGCACAUACAUGCUUGAAAGGCAGAUUACAGAACAUGCUUCGGAUCACCAUGAGGCUUCUAAGGCCUUCUACCAACACUCUGAGGAAAUUCAUCUUUUGCAAGAUAAAGUGGCAGAUCUCAAGGAUCGCUUCAGAGGAAAUAAUAUCAAGUUUAGGGAAACCAAUGAAACUAUCACCAAUGACAGGAGUCAUUUCUUACAAAGCCUAACAGGAACCUAUGGGGAUGACACUUUUUAUAAUUACUUUAUCCAGCUUUCAAAAUGCAAGCAGUCCACCCUCUAUGGGGUGAAGAGAGCUCUGGAGAUUUCCCCCGCUGAGUCCAUCAUUUGGGUUUAUACAUUUGGCUCCAUAGAAAAUUACGAUGACACUCAAAUCCUGUCUGAUGUUUAUACAUUACUGGAGGAAAAGAAGUCCCAAGUUUAUUUUCUGUGGUACCCAUGGAAGAAUUGUAUGCAGAGAGAUUCCCAGCAUGAUAUAUUUUAUAACAUUUCAUCUCUUAGUUAUGGAGAAGUGAUUUCUAUUGAUUUUACUGAUAAAUAUAAGUUAUAUCGCUCAUUGGAAUUAUUGUUGUCUAAACCUCUAAAUUCAUCUGUGCGCAUCCUGAACAUCAACACAAAUGUCAAUGACAAUUAUACUGACACGUUUAAUGUUCCAACUUCUUUAUCACAUUUACUGAUCAUAGCAGAUGAGAAAUUCACUUUUAAUUUUACUGAUCCGAAUGGAAACAUAUUACCAUUUGAAAAAAAUCCAUAUUAUUACAACUACAAAUACCACUAUUCCUGCAAAAACUUCUUUUUCUAUACCUAUUACUGCGAUGAUCUUUCUAUUCUAAGUGCCCAUUUGGUAAAAAGUCCGGCUGCGGGAUCCUGGAUUCUGAGUGCUCAGGGGAAUUUAUCACUUUCUGUUCAGAUAUUGGGAUUCACUGGAACUUGUUCAGAUUCUGGCUGCCACCCGAAUGCCACGUGUUCGGAGUUUGGAGGAUACGGGGAGUGCACAUGUAAAGAGGGGUUUACUGGCGAUGGAAUAUCUUGUAACGAUAUAGAUGAAUGUCAGAGCAAUUACACCCUCAAUUGUAAUAAUUAUGGUGCUGGUUCCUGUGUGAACACUAUCGGAUCUUUCACCUGCAAUUGUUCCAGAGGAUAUGAAUAUAAUGCAGAAUUUGGCUGUGUUGAUAUUGAUGAUUGUGCGGACAGAUCUCUCAAUGAAUGUGAUCCAGUAGCUAUUUGUACAAAUAAUUAUUAUGGAUCUUACACCUGUACUUGUCCCUACGGAUAUUACGGAGAUGGAAGACACUGUGAGAUCAAUGAAUGCCAACAAGGAACACCGUGUGGCUCUAAUAAAGACUGCUUUAAGUACACCAUUGGAUCGUAUUCCUGUUAUGACCCUUGCUCCAAACCCACCGUACUUAAUGACCCCUGGCGCAGUACUUCUAAUACAAAUCAACGUUAUUAUUGGUAUGAAGGGAGUGAGUGGUAUAAUUGUGACAAUUACCUGUCUGGCUGGUAUCGGUUUAAAGGAGAAUGUGACCAGAAAAUCCCAGAGCACUGCGUACCACGAUCCAGCUGUGGGACUAAUAUCCCCAUUUGGAUGAACGGCUCCCACCCUACAGUCGGUGACGGCAUUGUGAACCGUACAGCUUGUUCCAGCUAUUAUGACGAAUGCUGUACACGACCUUAUAAUAUUUCUGUGAAAAUGUGUCCAGGAGGAUUCUAUGUGUAUAAGCUACAAGGUACACCAGACUACAACUAUGCCUAUUGUACAGAAUCUAUAUCUAGCUGCUAUGGAGUGGACUGCGCUCCGGAUGAAGAAUGUAUAAUUGUGGGCGGAGUUCACGGCUGUUACUGUAAAUCUGGGAUACAACUAGGAAAUCUAGCAGAUGACAUUACACCACAAGUCACUUGUGGCCUGGAGAAUAUAGAAGUUCGGUUCAGAAAAUGUCUUGUGGAGAAGUGGGGAUAUAACACCUCAGCCAUCCAUCUGAGAGAUUAUUCCUGCCGAGGAAUCACCAAAAGAAGUGAUAAAAGUUACAUCACUUUCAUCACACGGCCAGCAGAUGAUAGUUGUGGGGGAUCCAUUGGGAAUGAUGGAAGUGUUAUCAGAUAUACAAAUACUGUAUACCUAGCAUCAUAUUCUGACGGAGUGAUUGUAAGAUAUGAGAUCCCCAUUGACUUUCAUUGCGAUUAUCCAUCAGACAUGGAGAUCAACCUUCUAACCGCUAUCGGCACCUACGUAGUCCCAGUGCCUAUCGAUGUGAUUGGAACAGCAAAUUUCACAAUAACGAUGGGUAUAUUCCAAGAUUCCGGCUACACCACCCCAUAUACCGACUCCCAGGUGUGGCUGAACUCCUCCUCCAUCCUAUAUGUUGGUGUCAUUGCAACCGGAGCUACGGGUUCAUCUCCAUUUGUGCUCAUCAUGAAAAACUGCUACACCACCCCAACAGCUGACAGCUCCUCCGGCCCCAGAUAUAACAUCCUAACCGACAAAUGCCCCAACAAGAACGACCCAACGAUCUCUGUGCCAGAAAAUGGAGUGUCCCUUAGAGGUCGCUUUUCCCUUCAAGUGUUCAAAUUUCUGGGAGGAUUGAGUCAGAUUUAUUUACACUGUCAGGUCGGCUUGUGUGACACCUCCAACUCUCACUGCGCUUCUAGUUGUCGCGCUAAGAGAUCGGCUUUGGUUGACAACACUAAUGUGAAAAAUAUAAUUAUUGGACCUAUAUACCAGAAAGCUGCUGUGUCAUCUGUUGGAGCUGCUGUGUCUUCUGGUGGAGGCCCUGCUGUACCAACCGCAAAGCUUUUCAUCUCUGCCAUUGUUUUCCUGUUGCUAUUGUACUAG